AUAUACUUGUAUAUACUAUACUUUAUACUAAUAUACUUUUUUAUAUUUGUUUUCACAAGAUGUUGACAGACGCCUCACAGCAGGAGACCGUGGCCAGUGUAGACACUGUGGAGAGUGUCGAUACUGGGGAUCGGCCCUUGCCCUCCUCCACUUCUGACGCUGGGACACAAUGUUAUUUGAAGCCCCCCCGAUGGUCUCACGCUGUGCAGGUUAACCUGAAGCCCAAGAUGGUUAGCGUGGGCACACAGACUUCAUUCAGCCCACAAACCUCCACUCCCCUCGCUAGUCCUGAACAGACAGUUGACGAUGAUGAUGAUAAUGCCACUGUCAUCAGUGACUUUUCGUGGGUGCCCGAAGAGCCGAUGGAUGAGGAGGAGUUGUUUGAUGAGGAGCCACCUUACACGUGUGACCCCCACCACAAGUCUGUGCAUCAUGUGGCUACCACCGUUUCUGGCAAAACCAGCCAAUGCUCCACAGGAACAUGCCAACCUGCAACCGGCCAUUCAUUUUACUGGAUGUUUGGCCACACGGACACUAAGAAUGUUGGCCCUGUUUGGCCUGCAGUGCAUCAGUGUCAGCAGUUUCUUUCGCCAUCAGCGCCGCUACACCAUCCCUGUAAUCGUUCAGGCCUGGAAGAAUGAUCAAGCCAAGGAUUUUAGUGACCUACGGGCAAUGGUUGGAGGGCUAGUUCUUGCUGGUGACUGCAGGUCAGAUUCUCCUGGGCACUGCGCAAAGUAUGGGUCAUACUCUCUGAUAGAGGACAGAGUGAACAAGGUGGUGGAUGUUCAGCUUGUUCAGAGCUCAGAGGUCCCCAACAGCUCAUGGUGUGAGCUUGAAGGGCUCAAGCGCAGUGUUGGCCUGCUGAGGGGAAACGACCUGCAUUUGGCAACGCUGAUCACGGACCGACAUCGCCAGGUUGCCAAAUGGGUGAGAGAGGAGCUGAUCCCUGAAGGGACACAGCAUUAUUUUGACGUGUGGCACAUUGCCAAAAGUCUGGGGAAGGCAUUGGAUGCAGCAUCCAAAGAGUGUGACCAACUACAGUUGUGGAGGCCGGCUAUAGUGAAUCACCUCUUUUGGACUGCAGCCUCAACCCCAGAUGGCAACCCAGCGGUCAUGGAGGCCAAAUGGAGAAGUUUAGUGAACCACAUCCAGGACAUCCAUGACCAUGACACCCCUGCCUUCUCCAGUUGUGCCCAUGGCCCUCUAGACGGAGAUCAGCGCAACAAAGAGUGGCUGGACCCAGGCUCAUUGGCAGCAGUCAAGUUGGAGAACAUAAUGAUGAGGGCUGCCUUACUGAAAGAUGUUCGACAGCUGUCUCCACAGCACCAGACCUUCUCCCUUGAGGCUUACCACUCCCUCAUCUUGCACUUCGCGCCCAAGCAUACAGGGUUUUCAUACCUUGGGAUGUAUAUGAGGCUUCUCUUAGCGGCGCUGCAUUAUAAUCACAAUGCCAAUCGCGAGACAGCACGGAGAAGUGACGGGACGGAGAAGUACUGCGUGCGGUAUCCGCGCUUCAGAAAAGGUGCCCAUGUGGUGCGUCGCAUCAAAGAGGCAGCCUCAUACGGUAAGCAGUGUCAGGCAGUUCUAUCAUAUUUUGAGAUGGCGCACGAGACAUCGGUGACAAUGAUCUUUGUAAAGUAAU